AUGGCGAAAGGCUCCUCUUCCUACUUAGCCCCGGACACGUACCAUUCCAUGUCCCCCUCGGACGAGGAGUUAAUCUUCCUCCAUUGCAUGCUUCGCUCGUCCAAUUUGGACAAAACCAUGUCGUUUUUCCAAGCGCUCGGGCUAAAAGAAACGAGACGAAAAGACUCAGAAAAAGGAAAAUUCACGCUCGUGUUCAUGGCGACGAGUCCAGGCGCGCCGGAAAUUGAAAUCACGUACAAUUGGGGCGACGAGGAGGAAGUUUUUGCGCCGCCGUCGCGGUCGAUGGGGCAUCUCGCCUUUGCGACGGCGGACAUUUAUACGUUGUGCAAGGAAUUGCAAGAGAAAGGCAUUACGAUUUUACGACCGCCGAGAGAUGGACGAAUGGCAUUCGUGAAAUCACCGGAUGGCAUUAGCGUGGAGCUUUUGCAGAAAGGCGAAGCGUUGGCGCCGGCGGAGCCGUGGCAGUCGAUGGAGAAUACGGGGAGUUGGUAG